AUGGAGGGCGGCGGCGACCCCCGCGACCGGCUGGCCAGCGCGGCGGCCCGCGGCCGCGUCGAGGAGGUGCGGGCGCUGCUGGAGGCGGGCGCGGAUCCCAACGGGACCAACUCCUUCGGGAGGACCCCGCUGCAGGUCAUGAUGCUGGGCAGCCCGCGGGUGGCCGAGCUGCUGCUGCAGCGCGGAGCCGACCCGAACCGCGCCGACCCGCGCACCGGCUGCUUCCCGGCGCACGACGCGGCCCGCGCCGGCUUCGUGGAGACGCUGGCGGCGCUGCACCGCGCCGGGGCGCGCCUCGACCUGCCCGACGGCCGCGGCCGCCUCCCCCUCGACGUGGCGGCGGGGGGCCCGCACGGCCCCGUGGGCCGCUACCUGCGGCACCCGCCGCCCCCCGCCGCCCCGGCGGACGCCCCGCCGCCGUCGCGGGACUGAGCGCCGCGGCCGUCGGGGCGGCGCCGCCGAGCCGGUGCUAUCCGCCGAGCCGGCCCUCGCUUUGCCUUCGCACGGCUACGCUGCCCGCAAGCCCUUCUGCUGUCCCGAGGGAGCCCUGCCCGGAGCGCCGACCCCCGACGGCCCUCUGCCUCGCUAGCCCGAGGCCCCCAAAGCCGCGCCCUCCGCCCCGCGGGCCGUCCCCGAGCGCGGCCGUCGGACCCCAGCUCGUCGGCUGCCGUGGGCCGUCCCGGGAGUGCGGGGGACGCUCCCGCCUACGGCUUCCGCGGGGCGGCAAGAGCCGUUGCAUUUUCUAAUAAAUAAAAUAAGCCAAAAAAUCCCCCCUGCAGGGCGCAGCGGCCCUCGGUGCUCCGCGCCGGCUGGUCUCCGCCAGGCAGCGGACAGCAGCGCGAUUCGCUUGCGCUCGGGAGGGAAAAGGAAGAUCUCGGCAUCCCCCCGCCCCAAUUCUUCGGUCAGCUGGUGUCACUUAGGGACGCCAGAGUGCUGCUGACGGCAUGCAGGCUUCCUCACCGCCCCGCAAGUCACCGUCUCGAUCGCCAUCAGAUCGUCUUGCGACGGUGCUGAUUUUGUUCAUUACCGCGCCAGCCUAGCAAGCUUUGCGUUUCAGUAUUACCCUAAGAUCCCCUCGUAUAGUCUUAGUGUAGCACUCCGAGAUAGCGAGCACUCCGGCCACCUUGUCCAGAAACUUGAUUCAUGUUCCUUUCUUUUCUCUUCCCCACAUCUCCCAGCUUAGAAAGUCUGCAAAUGUCUAACGCUGUCCAAAAUUAGCGUUUAGGAACAGCUACGAGUAUUUCAGAUAGACGUUUUCACGGAACAGUCUCCCAGUGGGAGGUCAACUGGCAAAUCUCUUCGUCCUUGCGCUAUUUUAAUACCUGGAGGUACCCGGUUGAUUCAAAGGAUCUCAGCAAUGAGAUCACUCCUUGUAACACAGUUUCUGGGCUCUCCAAACCAGACACUGGGAAACAAAAAGGAAUGACUGCAUUUUGGUACAAAGCUGAUUCUCGUCACACUCAUUGCCUCUGUUUUCCCUGUGCGAUUUACGUGGUCUUCCCAAAGUCUGUACUACUUCUGUAAGAUCAAAUACUUGUUAUUAUUCAACAGCGAAAUAUUAAAGAGGAUGGCUUAAAAUAAACAUCUUUGUGUUCAACUAUUAAAGAGUACCAUAAACAGCGUUA